AUGGCCCUGGUGACUCUGCAGCGUUCCCCCACCCCGAGUGCAGCGUCCUCGGCUAGCACGACCAACAGCAGCGCGGGGGAGGUAGGUGGGAAAGUCGGGGAGGUGUCUUUGUGUACGCGGUGUCAGAAGACGCUCAGGUGCUCCUAUCAGUUUGUCUUUUAAACAUGAAGAGUUAACCGUACUUUAUCAAUUUCUGCGGGAGCUAAAAACUUGAUUUAUGGUCGCAUUGUUCCAAGUGGAGAGUUGUUUGUGGCUGCGGAUUUGUAAACAAAAUCCUCCACAGGGGGGAGGGGGAGGCUGCUGGGUUUAGCUGUUAGAACAAAGUGCUCAUUUUGCUGCUGCACAAACAUCCACUGCGUUGGACUCAGGUUGUCCUCCCUCCUGGUUAAUGGUUUUUAUUUACAGUAAUGCAGCCCUAGAGCAUGGGAGGAGACUUUAAAGGAGAAUUACAUCAUUUUUUGGGAGUUUUGCUGAGUGUGUGCCCCAGGAAACUACAGUCAAGUGUUCAUGAACUUGAGAAAAUCACGUCCUCAGUGAUGUCACUUAAGUAACAACCAUAUGGUGUGGGAUGUUGUUGUGUCAUCUUGUAAGAAAUGCAACAAGGCGCCUUCCUUAGGGUUACACCCAGAAAUAAUCACAGCAUACAGGACUGGUUGGAUAGGCUGGUCUGGAGUAGGGGAGAGUGGGGUAAGUUGAGCCAGAGGGUAAGUUGAGCCACCCCCAGUUGCUUGGAAAUGGUAAAAAGAAAUUGAUCAUGUGACCAAAUAUUUAGGAAAUGGGCAUCAAUUCAUGGAGUCUGUGAAGGUUAGAAGCACAUGGGUGAAGGGGUUAGACAUUUAUUUCCAAAAAAGUCCACCAUUUUAGCUUAGAGGACUGAUAAAGUCAUCAGAGUAGUUCUGGAGAAAGUUGAGCCAGUGGUUUAACAGAGAAAGUAAAGAAGUCUGAUGAGAGGAUCAGAGUUUCAGUUCAGAUUGUUGAAAUGUUUGACUUUUUCUUUUCAAAAAUACAGCUGUGAAUGUUCUGAAUCACAAUGAUCAGCUGAGAGCAUAUUUACUCGAUCAAACAUAGAGGAAAUGUGCGUCACAACGGCCAAUCAGAGUCGAGCUUUUCCUGCUUACUUCUGUAAGAUGUCGGAGACGUAAACAGAAUGGCCGAACAUGGAGCUACACGCAGAGCUGAGGGCAGCAAGUAGUUGUCAGCCAUGACUUUGAGUUAUUCUCCGAAGAUGUUAUUGUUGAGAAGUUGUUCAACGUCAGAUGCGUGGCGGUGGUUCUGGUAUCUCCAAAGUGACGUAGAGAAAUUAAGCCGAUGAGCAAGGUAUGUUGGCGAUCGGUGUCCUCAAAAACCGGCUACACAACAAAUCUGUUUAAUUAUUUGAAGAAGUACUUCCUGAGUGAUUAUGUGGAAAGCAUGAAAAUGUGAGCCUGCCACUGCUGACGGCACGAGUAGCAUUAGCAGAUUAGCCACAACUAGCGGUGCAGCCACCAGACCUAGGCAGCGAUUAAUCGUAUCAUUUACGUUUACAUCAUCUAAUGUUUACAUUUUAAAGCGUCUUCAUUAUCUCUGAGGGGGAGAUUUGUUUAUUUUGGGUCUUGCAUACCUUCAAAAAUGCUCAGGACUAAGUGUAUCUUAUUCAGUUUGCUUUGUUAUUUACUUUGUAUGUUAAUAAUGUUGAACUAAUCUCUAGUUUCCUUAGUUUUUAGUACAAAUGCCUUAAAACAGGCAGUUUAAAAAAAAUUGUGAUAAUAAUAGAGAUCGGACGAUAUGACGAAAUAUAUCGUGAUCAUUUUUUUUGCCAAAUCGCCCAGGCCUAUAUGCAAUAAUAAUAAAAAUAAUGAUUGUACCAGUUGAAUAGCGUAUAAUAUAAAUAAUAUACACAUGAAUGUGAAGAAGUGACUGUUAUUUAGGGGUCAACUUACCCCAUAAACGGGGUAAGUUGACCGUAGGAGACCACUUUUUUUGGCAUGCUAUAUUAUCAAGACAGUUAUGUUUACACUCAUUCUGUUGGUUUGCAGGGAUGAACAACAUCUUGAAAUUUAUGCAGAUACACUAGUUAGAGACAAAACUCUGAUUGCCUUGAUGUAGUGAUCCCAAAUAUGAAAAAUGGCUCAUCUUACCGCACUCUCCCCGUAACACUAAAAUGAAAAAGCAUUUGUUUCUUAUGUUGAAGCCUUAGAAAGUAGCAGUCAGGUUUCAGCUCCUGACAUAAGAAGCAAUUUGUGGCAGUGUAGCACAAGUUAAGCCGCAUUUGCAAAUCUUAGUAUCAAACAAAGUCAGACAUUCAAAUGUGGAGCAGCGCCCAGUGAAAUCAUAACAUCAGGGUUAGUGCUCUACUUUCUAGUUUUAGGAGAGUGGAUUACGCGCUCUGAAAGGCUGACUGAGCUUUGGCACAAAAAUAAGCAGCAACAUUCCUCCUCUGAUGAGAAGUUGGGUUUUUAAUAUCACUUUGUGCAUUACAGCAGAAAUGAAAAUGUGAUGGGUGGGAUUUUUUUUAUCACGUAAAGGUCCAAAAAGUGCUGAUAUGUUCUGCUCAUGUGGCUCUGUAGCCUUUCCAAAUACACACUUAGAUGUUUAUCGCAGUAUUCAUGUACCAGGUUCCCAUGAUUCUCGGCCUCCAAAUGACCGGGUCUGUACAUGAAUCCAGUCUCAGCAAAACAUCUGUGUUUAAGUUAGAAGAGAGGGGAGACUUUUAAAUUCUCAAACAAAUGUUUUCCACACUAAUGUUAGACAGCAUGGUUGUGCAGCAGUCUGUGAAAUUUCUGCUUUGUUUUUGUCUUUUAGGAUUUUGGAAGCGAUGAUGACCGCAAAAACAAUCAGAGGUAAGAGCUUUUUGUUUAGAAAGUGGAGUGUUUGGAGCUCUCAAUGCAGAUGUUUAGUGUUUCUGACUCAGUGGAAUGCAUUUUGUGGUCAGUGGGCUUUCUGACCCUGAAUCAGCCAACUCUCCUCUGUUGUAGCAACAAAGGGGAAAUCCAGGAGAAAAGUUUUCAGUGGGUUUGACUUCUUUGGAAAAAGGAGCAACAGUUUUCCUUUUUUUCAGUGUACACACUUGUGAAUCUGUGUUUUUCAGGAAACUCGUACGCAGGGCUUGUGAAUAUGUUUAAGUUCACCAGAGCAGUGUUUUUCAGUGGAGCGCAAAUCUCUGCCACCUGUGUUUAGGGAUAUUGUGGUGCAGUGUUGAAUGUAGAGGAGACAAAAUGCAGGUUACGGGGUGAAAACUGAAUGGUUUCUCUGAGCUGCUGGAGUAUCUUUAGAAUAAUUCAAUAUCCAACAUGCUGUGAAAGAGGAUCUCCCAAGUGCAUAUGUGGAAUGCAGAAGCCUGCAGCGGGGUAGGGCAUUUCAUUUGCAUGCACGAAAAGCUAAGGCAAGUAGAGCAGCAGCAAAGAUCAGCCAGAGUACAGAACAUUGAGAGCGUAGGGGACAAUACAUGUGACACAGGUAAAACCAGACGCAGCAUAAAAAGAAAGCUAGGGUGCAACAUGGUUUGUGGAACAAGCAGCAAGAGUAGGCAGGCUGAAGCAGUUUAGAGUAAGGCCCAUUCUGACAUAGGGAUGGGAAUCCAGAACCGGUUCUUGUUGACAACUGGUUCCGAAUGGUUCAAUCCAUCAACAUCAUUUACAUUUUAUCUUAAUGAUUUCUUUAACGAUUCCUUUCUUCCAGGUGCCUCGAAAAACAGUCUCGCGAAUGCCAGUCUACGCAAACGGGAACAGAGACAGAGAAAAAAACUGAGUUAGACGUUUAACUGAGUUAGAAGAGCCGACCAAAAAACCCCUCAAAGUUUCACACACAAGUCCGCCCCGCAUAGUAGUGUCCUCUUGUUGGGGAUUCAGAAUAUGGUCACCCUAACGUAUGUCCUGUGUUUACAUAAACACAAUGUAUGCCAGAAAUGCAGCACAAACAGCAUUUUUGUUUGAUUAUAUUUAGACUCUCACUGAAAGUGGCAUACAUCUUUUUCUGUUAUCAGAGACUCAAUAGAAUUUUAAGUUAAUGGUAAAAACCUAUAGUCUACUUUUUUUUUUAAUCAAAGAGAGGCAUUGAUAAGGGAAUCGUUAAAGAAUUGAAUCGAUAAGCAGUAUCGAUAAUGGCAUCGAUAAGGAAUUGUUUACACAUCUGUUCAUUUUUAAUUAUUUAUUUACUGUUUCUGUGAUGUUUUCUCUCAUUAACUAUUCCUCACUUUCUUUCUUUGUUUUUUUUUUCCUUUUUUUAAACUUUUUGGAAUGAAACUCGGUUGUGAAAGAAACUUGGUUCUUAAUGAGAAUAUUUUAUUAUUAUUAUUAUUUUUUUUUAUUUUUUAUUUUUUAUCAGGGAGAAAUAUACAAAACGAGUCCAAUCACAAUUACACAUUAGUCGCAAACAAACAAACAGUAGACUAACACAUUCUCCAGUCUAUUACACUCCCUUUCAUUUUGUAAUAUGUAAAGUAUGAACAUUUGAACAAUGGCUGUCAAAUUUCUUCAUUCUCCACAAGAUCCACCAAUAUCAGUUCUCAGUUGUAGUUUAGUAGUCUGGUACUUCAAGCCAUGUAUUAGUAGUAUUUAGAGCAGUUCAGGUCUCUGUGCUCUUAUAUAUCUGAUCCAUUUUGACCGACGUCUCUUAAAUGUCCCUGACUGUAGUCUCAGAGCAAAUGUCAGUCUCUCCAUAAUGUAAAUUUCGUAAACAGUUCCUUGCCAGUCUUCCAGUGUCAGUGAGUUGGGUUGUAACCACUUCCUUGUUAUAGUCUUCUUUGCUCCAAUCAUUCAUAUCUUCAUUCGAUAUUUGUCUGCUAUUCCUUGACUACGCACCUUAAUGAGAAUAUUUAUAAUAAAUCAUAGAUUAAAUUUAAUUAAAGCAGCAAUUAAAAUCAAUAAUUCAGUUUAUUUUCCCUCAUGUCCUGAUGGAAAUACAGCUGAUUUACCAUGACAGGAUUUUUGAGUGAUUUCUUGACUCAGUUACAUAACAGGGGGGUAGGUAAACUGUUGUUUCUGCGUGCUCACAAUGCUUUUCUUUGAUCCGCCGACGUCACAGAAGUCAUGAUUUAUGUCAGCAAAGCUUUGACACAGACUCGUCUUUGUUUUCACCUCGUGUGUCUGUGAUUGUAUGUCUUUGUGUGUGCGGGGGGUGGGGUCACACAGAUGAGACAGUUAUGUCAUGCCAAGAGUUUCUGAAUGAGCAACACGUUUCUCCUGCUCGGUUAUUCAUUCAUCAGCGAGGAGUUUUAAUUUAGGAUUCCUCUUGUUAAGCUCAAGAUUGACGCCAAGUGGCUUUUCCAGUGCCUCCCAGCACUUAGAUGAAUGAUGCUAUUGUGGCUGGACUGAUGGCAGGACAGGCACUGUAAAGAGGAGAUGGGGAGCAGUCACUGAGAGGAUAGGGCAGCAAGGACGAGGAGAGACAAGGAGGAAGCUGUGGGGAGAAGAACCUGCCAGACUAGGACCAGGACGAGAACGGUUGAGCUGAAAUAUCCGGCGCCCUGACUGUGGAUAUGGACAGAAGAGUGUAAAAGAUUUGUGGAAGAAAGUUAAGAAGAGGACGCUAAAUUUUUAAGAACAGUCGAGAAACUAACAGCAGGAUGUAUCUGGUUGUGAAACCAUCACAUAAAUCUGUGUUUGACAUACUGCCUCACUUUGUUGAUCAGAGGGAGAUCUGUCGCAUGUAAGUUACAUCAUUUAAAGAAAACUUGACAUAGUUUGAUGACUUUAUGUGUAAGUAUGAGACCUUUUGUCUUUAUAGAUAAUAUGAUAGUAUGCUGAUGUGGUUGUGUUAAGUGAACGAGUGAUUUAUGUGAGUCCGUAGAGGGUGAGCAGGACUCCUUCCUUUUGCUACAUUACUCUGUUUUUUGCUUUUGUCACAUGAUGAUUACCUGAAAACAUUGUUUCACGUACUUGUUAAGACCUGAUACUGUACUGAAGGCAGUACUCGAGGCAUAUACUGCAGUUUUAGGACAUUUAAUGACCUACAGAGAGGGGUUUCUCAGUUUGGGCUGGAUUGAGCCACCUGAAGAUUUUCCCCAUUUCUCAUGUAUUUUACAUAACUGGAAGAGAAACAAUGCUAUCACAUGGCAGUAGAGCUGUAACAAAAGGCCUUGUGGUGGUCCCACUCAGUCAUACCAGGCUUUGUGAGUGUUGGUUGAGCUGGGAAUGAGAGUGUGGUGCUCUUAAACAAAGCUGUACUCUGUUCUGUGUGAGAAAAGACGCUAAAAUCCCUCCUGUCGCUAACUGCAGCCUUCACAGCAAAGUCAUGACCAAGAAGUGCUGAGUCCGACACAGAUGAGACAGGGAAAGUUUUUGAGCGUGAGCAUGUGCGUACCUUUAAUGGUCGAGGUAGCACUUGAUUCAGCAGAGGUCAUGUAGAGUUAGUUAGUUCACUGUGGUAUAAAACUCAAGAGUCAUAAAGUCAGUACGUCCAGACGGCUGACUUGAGUUUUCUGUUAUCCAAUCAGGACUCAUUAAACAUACAGCCAACACCUGGACUCUACAUGUAUAUAUAAACCUGCUCUACCUAUUGCUACUUUUCAUCCUUCUGCGCUCAUUGUUACGAUGAAAAAUACGUCUGAGCAAAAAGUGUCUGUCUGUGGUUUUGGAAAAUGAAACCAAUGAGUCCAAAAAAAGAGAGAAAAGCAUAGUGUCCAUUUUAGGCUGACUCCAAAGACCAAUAAGCCUCCUGUUACAGUUAAUGUACCUCAUUUCUGCAUUUGUAACAAUGGCUCAAGGGCUGAGUUUUGAUACAACUCACCUAUGUUGGUUAUAUUGAGGCUGAAAGCUAUGCAUAACUACACAUGGUGAGGGGCUUGGCUGAAUUACUAAAGUUUUUGUUGUUUUCAUGUUAGGGUUGCACCGAUUCGAUAUUUGAUAUCAGUAUCGGUCCCCACACUGAAAAAAAUUCUGGAUCAGGUAUCGUGACAAUGGGCCGAUGCACUAGCCUGGCAGGGCCAUCCUGUUGCGUGAAUCACUUGAUGUUCCUUCCCACCACAGUCUGGACUUCGGCCCAUAGAGAGCAUGUAUUCCCGAUCAGAAAAUAACCGGGCCAAUUGUUUAUAUACGCAGAAGACGUUGUAUAUAAAUGAUUUCUGCCGACUUUGCAGAGUCAACUGCAGAAUUAACAGCGUUCUGAAUGAAUGGGGCUUUGAAAAGUCCCGCAGCAUGUGUUAGACGUCACCACUACACAUGGACCAAUCAGGGGCUGCCUUUCCCUGUUGUCCUGGUAACAGUGGAAACACGGUCUCCGAUUGGCCCGGUUAUUUUCUGAUCGGGAAUACACACUCUCUAUGGGCCGAAGUCCAGACUGUGGUGGGAAGGAACAUCAAGUGAUUCACGCAACAGGAUGGCCCAGCCAGGCUACCGAUGCACAGGAGCCCAUCUAUUCAGUCUAACUCUAUGCUAUGCACCGUGAGUGGCAUCGGCAAGUUAACACGCUGAGCGGAGGCCUACAUUGUUUUCAAAAUGGAGCAAGCAAAUCAAUUAUCACAAUACCUCAGCCUACAAGCUCGAUGGCCACUUGCAAUACCUGCGCAGUAAACGUUCCGAGGGGCGAGGGGUAAAACUUCAGGUUACAACAAAAGUUAAUUCUGCGUAGCUGUUCUGUAUUGGUAAUUGGAUCGGUACCAGCUGCUACUAAACUAUAGAUAUCUGUAUCGGAGUAAAGGGGAUUCGUGCAUCCCUAGUAUUGUUUGAGUUUAGCUGCUCGGUUGAGAAGUUUGUUGUUGUCUUUCACUUUUUUAAUAGUAGAAAGAAUAUCUUUUGUUUGGAGUGAAUUGUAUUUAUUGAUAAAGUGAAUUUAAAUCAAUCUAGAAAAUGUUGAGUUGUACGGUAAGGUGUAAGGAAGAUGAGGUUCAGCCUGUCUCCAACAAGAUGAGUCAUUGAUAGCAGUUGUAAGCCAGAAAUAAUCGUUUUUUUUUUUCUUUUUCCUUCAGCCUCAGUGAGAGCUUCUUUAUGGUCAAAGGAGCUGCCCUCUUCCUCCAGCAGGGCGGCAGCACACAAGGACCAAAGACCCCGACCCAUCACAAACACGCAGGUAGGAACAAACGCACACAGAGGAAGCUUUGUGUCUUGUUUUUCUGCCCAAAUUCUGUGUACGCUCUGCAACAAACACGCUCCAGAAGAGAGGGGGACUUGUUCUGCUGAGGGUGCUUUUCUCUUUGUGGGUUUGUCUCACAGUUUGAAAAACGAUGAGGAGCUGAUAGAGAGCUAAAUCUGACUCGAGGUGACCUGCAGUUGAACUCAGUAGAAGCUCACAAGGUUACUUCAAAAAAGGACUGAGUCUCGCGCAGUUUACUUACAGCUUCCUAAAGGAAAUUUGCUCUUAGUCUGUUCUUUCGCUAUCCAAAUGUUGUGACUUAAAGCACAAAUGCCAGAAACAUUUACUUGCUAACGAAACCAAUUAAAAGUAAGGAGAGGGAAAAAUUCCAGCUAAAGCUGUCAUGGUCCUGAAACCAGAAAACAAAGACAACCAGAAGAAAAUACUUGAAGCUGCUAAAUUCCUGAAUUCACCUAGAUUCACCUCUUCCCUCAAACUACACUGAGUUUGAUCUGUUUUGACAAAAAGUGCUUUUUUUUUCUAAAAGCUUGAUGUCCUCUCUUUCUGUUGGCUCCUGCAAAUUUAGCAGACUGUUACUACACUCCGCCACACUUCAAAGUGGCCGUCAAACGUGGCAUAAUUCUGCACGAUCUAAAAAUAAAAACCUGUUCGUGUUUAAGCUUUGAAGCAUCCGAGACGUUUUUGUUUUUAGAUACUCGCUGCUACUGAGUUUCUAUCCCGCCGUCCACGACGGGUGUGGAGUCACUUGAGGACAAAAACAAAGCGAGAAGUCGGUUCCUACAUGAGGUGUUGCUCACCGCUAGAAAGUCACAGGAUUUAAAUUUUUGUAUAGUAAGAAUUAUCUGCUAACAUUUUUUCUCCGACUAAAUAAAGGAGUGUUAAAGGCACAGUAGAAGAAUUUUUGUACCGUUUUUCUCUGUAGUUCAGCUUGUUGUGGGCUUGUUGUCCUGUUAAGUUUUUUCAGUAUUUCUGUCAAAACCUCUCUGAGCUUAACAGAAUAUAAAUGUGAAGGUUAAUUGAUCAAGUUAAAGACGUUUAAAAAGGAACAAGGUUAUCUCAAGUGUUUUUAAAGGAAAAACCUACAAAAAGAAAACAACAAUACAUAAUAAAUACAUCAUGAUGGUAUAAAAGAGUGAGAUUUGUGAUGAUGAUGAUGAUGAUGAUGAUGAUGAUGAUGAUGAUGAUGAUGAUGAUGAUGAUGAUGAUGAUGAUGAUGAUGAUGAUGAUGAUGAUGAUGAGAGGAGAUGGGUCCUGAUCAGUGGUUAGGGGUGGCAACUGUGAAGGCUUACAAUGCUUUUCACGUCCAGAAGGAGCUGAUUAUGUGACCCCAGUAGCUGGAAUAGGAGCACGCGGAAGUUGAACUAAGAAAGAUAGUAUCCAAAAAAAUGAUGAAUUAAAUCAACCCUGAAACAGCCAAUAGGAAGAGAGCAGCAUGGGUGCGGUUUGGUCUCUCCUUUUCUUCAUAGUCAGUAGGUGAACAGCAGGAUUUUAAACAAGCUGCUGGUGCUGAAUAGAUGAUGCUCUUUUAGACACACAUGAAAAGAGUUACUAUAACGAAGAGAAGAUGUCAGAAAAGCAGGUCUAAAUCUGAAGAGGGGGUGGGUAGGGCUCACAUCUAACUGUUGGGGAUGUUCAAACACAACAACCUUUUCAGGCUGAGCCAUGUUUAAUCUCCUUUAGACAAUUAAGCAAAGGCUGCGGUGGACCGUCUCUUUGAAUUUCAAAGACAGGUUUAUUUGUACGUCUCUGGCAAAGCAGAGCGGAGUGUUUUUGGAAAGUGGACCUCAAGGGAAGCAUAUAGGGAAAAUAAGAUCAGGCCCAGAACAGACCCUAGGGGGACACCACAAGUAAAAAGGGGCUGCCUCAGGGAAAUAAUUGGGGGUGCCAGUUUAUUGCUCCCACAAUUCUAACACAACUUUCCCAACCUGAAGAGAGGACUGUGAGGUUGUCAGUGUCAGUCAAAAAAGACAUUCAGUUGAUAAACAAAAUUAAUUCAAGUAUUUAAUCACAAUUAUCUUACUGUGUGCUUCACUUUCAGGUGAUUUACCUCAACACUUGCAGGUCAUGUUUAAGAUCCUGCGCUCUGAAGAUCGCAUCAAGCUGGUCAGUAAAACCAUCAAAGUAUGAUUUUUUUUCACGUGUUGCUUUGGUUAAGAUGACUUUACAUCCAAAAGGUGUCUCUGGAGUAAAAUGAGCUGUCUCAGAGAAAUAGUUUUAAGGGGUUCUCAUGCUGUCUCACUCGCUCAUGACAGGUAAAAAUACCUUUUUUUCUGCCUUUGCUUCGCAGGCUGUUCGCCUCGAAAGUGGAUGGACAGAGCGGGUGCGUUACAUGGUCGUAAUUUACACCAGUGGCCAUCAAGAUACAGAAGAAAACAUCGUCCUGGGAAUGGAUUUCAUGGACAAAGACAGGUAUUUCAGCAUCCUGCAGUUGUACAUACAGUGCACUUUAAUCUCACUAUUGGCUCUACUGAACUGAUAUUCUUGAAUCUUUAUGAUGUGCAGCAAAGAUUGCUCUAUCGGGAUGGUGCUGCCUCUGUGGAGUGACACCAACAUACACCUAGACGGAGAUGGGUAUGUUUUUCCCUGUUUUUCUUCAAAACAUCCACCCUGUAAAUGCUCUUCCUGAUUCACUCCCGCAGCUGUAGCUUUGACUUCUCUCUGCUUUUUAGGCUUUACUGCCCUCUAGAGGCAGAGGAGUGAAUAACAAGCAUUUUCUGUGUGUGUGUGGACGUGUGAGUGAGUGAGGGCCGUUCUUGCUGACCUGUUAACUCUGUCUCUGUACACUGGAGGAAUGUUCCACUGGUCCCGCGUCCUGAAUAGUUCCAUGAAUGAGCCGUGUCCAUUCUGUGUUUUUAUGUCCUCAUGACCGCUCUUCAUCAUCUCCAUCCAAGACUCUGAGACUGAUCUCCUGUCUCCUCUUCCUCACCAGGGGCUUCAGUGUGAACACAGCAGGGCGGUCACAUGUCUUCAAGCCUGUAUCCGUGCAGGCCAUGUGGUGAGUCGAUCUGUCAUGUUUACCUGGGACGAAAAUGAUAUUAGCAUUAACACGUUAUGUAACAUUAGGUUGAUUUAAAGAGAGCCUAUCCUAAACCUCAUAGCACAUCAUUUCAGUUUAUUUAGUUUAGUGUGUGUUCAAAUCUGGACCCUUUUGACUCAUUGUAGGCUCUAAAUUAUUGUGCUUUUUCUAUCACAAGCUCAGAUAGUCAUACAUAGUGACAUUACAAGAGCUUUUUGGUAAGAUAAGGUGCCUGUUUAACAUAAACGGUCAUUGUAUUGAAUCUACUGCCAAACUCAGUAAGAAUUUGAGAUGUGUGUCCUGUACUGUCUUGAUCGGCACCUGUGUUCGUAAACCAGUGUAGCAGAUUGUCCAGAAACUUGUAUCCUGUCUCUCCCAAGUUGAAAUUACUGUUUUUAUCGAUGGAGACUGGUCGGUUUGAGGAUAACCAUGUAGCUAACAGCACUUUCCUGCUCUGACAACAAAGAUCAGACCCCAGGAAAUACCAUUUUUGAAACCUUUUAAACACCUGUGAUGAUAUUCUGAGCCUAUCUGGGGCAGUAGAAAGCACUUUUUGUUUUCUUUUUGAGGCUGCAAGCUUAGGUAAUCGACCAAAACAACUUGAGCCAAACAGAUACUAAAACACACAAAAAGUUUAGGUAGAGGCUAGGUUCGAAAACACACUUAAACUAAGGGUGGCCUCAAAGUUCCUGGAAAGUUUCAAUCAAGUUUUUCUUUUGUGUCUUUGCAGGUCUGCCCUGCAGAUCCUCCACAAAGCAUGCGAGGUGUCACGCCGGUUCAACUACUUCCCAGGGGGCACCGCUCUCACAUGGAUGGCCUUCUACGAGAGCUGCAUCUCCUCCGAGCAGAGCUGCAUCAAUGAGUGGAACGCUAUGACCGACCUGGAGACGACACGGCCGGACUCGCCCACCAUGUUCGUUGACCGGUGAGGAGCUCAAUGCAGCUGGUUACAACAUCACAGCUGAAGCAUUGAAACUAGUGAUAUCAGCUUCUCUACUGCUGUUUAUGAGAGAUUGUCUGAUUUAUAACACUGAUAUCAUUUAUUUGUUGAUGAUGGUUUUUAAUUUGAUCAAAUUUGAGCCCUGCUCUCCAUGUGAUGCUGAUUAUUUCAAUGAAUCGCUCUAGCUCUGAUCCAAACCUGGUUUUAUUAUCCUUGUGCGACCAAAGCAGAGCACUUUCUGCUGGUUUCUUACACUCGUGGUGUGUGUAUGUCCUCAGUCACAGAAUAGAUUUCAAUGGUUUCGACACCAGCUGUUGUCCUUUUGUGGCUGUCCUUUGUUUUCAGCUGCAGGAACAUGUGGUUACACUGUGAUGUUAAUUUUCAUACAGCAGCACUGAUGCUUUGACUCAUUAUGUGCAGGCCGACUGAGCGAGAGAGGACAGAGUGUCUCAUUAAAGCCAAGCUACGCACCAUCAUGACGUUUCAAGACCUGGAGAAUAUUACCUCUAAGGAAGUAAGUGCCAAGAAAAAAAGACACCUGAUUUUCUUUUUUUCGUGAGUUUUAAAGAUAUUUAGAGAUGUGUCAAAAUCCUGCAACUACCCAGGAUUUGAUGCAUUAUGAAAGCAAGCAUAAAUGUCUUCUAUGAUUCUCAGUUUUAUGGCACAGAAAUAUUGAUGUUAUUUGCACUUUUGUGUUUUUGUGGCUUUCUGAGAGUUUCAUGCUCCCGCCUUGUCUUUGUCUUCAGAUCCGUAACGAGCUGGAGCAACACAUGAGCUGUAACCUCAAAGAGUACAAGGAGUUCAUUGACAACGAGAUGCUGCUGAUUCUUGGUCAGAUGGACAAGGCCACGCUCAUCUUUGACCAUGUCUACUUGGUAAAUAUUAACUCUGUUUCUUUCAUUGUGCUAUAUCUAAUGUACCAUUACAUUAGAUAUUCUCUUCCUUCACCUUGAUAAUGUUUGAAACCUGUUAUAAAAAGUCAGAUAACUUCACAGUGAUUCUUGGACAUUAAGUGACUGUGUUUGUUCCUCUUUAGGGCUCUGAGUGGAACGCCUCCAACCUGGAAGAACUUCGAGAUUGUGGGUAAGUAGACUUACACAGGUUGUAUUUCCUGACUACAUAAAAACCACACAAUCCCUAAUUAGGAAUACUUUAUCUGAAAUGAUCUCUAAAUAAAGGACUUUAAUUGUAUUUUGAUGUUGUAAACUUCAUUAAUGUAUGUCUGUUAGUACACAUUAUUGCCCAGCUUUCUAACUAAUCACCCUGCAGUGUUAAAUGCUUAAUUUUGAUUGGUUAAAAACCUUGACAACAGUAAUUAAUCCAGAAGAGCGAGAGCAACACGAGGAAUAAGCAGAUCACACACACACCACAUCAAAUCAGUCUGUAGAGUCCAAUACAUUAAUAGUUAAGUUUAAGAUUUCUCAUCUACAUGCUCAUUAUAGUUCCUGUUUCAAUCAACAGGCUACCAACCAUUCAAUCUUUAAAACCGCAUGAAUAAAUCAUUUCUAAAUCAUUUCUAAAUCAAUAAAAUCAUUUCUGAAUUAAUACUUAGUGUGUACUUGUUUGUAUGUCAAGUUGGUCAGUGGGUAAAAAGCAGGAUAAGGUCUACUGAGCAGGUCAUAAUGUGAAAUAAAACCCCCACAGGACAGACAAAACACAUCAGGGUCACUCUCCCCGGAUUCUGUUUCACACAAUGACCCGCUCACAAUACAAUAUCUCCAACACAAGAGUGAAAAACUCCAAGAUUAAUAAAAAAGGCACUUAAUUAAAUAUUGAAGCACAUCUAUUGCGCUCAACAAUUUGAAUAUUAUCUCAAUGAGUUAUUCUGCGUUAUUGUGCACAUUUAGUCUAAUUCUGAAUCACAUUUAGUAAUUAGUGUAGGAGAAGGAGUGGGACUAGAUAAGUCUCGACUUCUUUCCAAUCCUUUUUGAACAUAAAUAACUUUUUGUCAUUUGUUGUUGUAUUCUUUACUUUUUUAUCAUUAUUUUUUUAUAUAUGUUCAAAGUAAACUUCAAUCAAUCAAUCAAUCAAUUCUAUAUUCUAUCUGAUGUAUUUCCUUGUUUUUUUAUUUCAGAAAAGAGUUAAACCCUCUAUUUUUUUUGUUUUGUUUUUUUGCAGGGUUGGUUACAUACUGAAUGUCACCAGAGAAAUUGACAACUUCUUCCCAGGACUGUUCUCGUAUCACAACGUCCGCGUGUAUGAUGAGGAGGCCACCGAUCUGCUGGCUCACUGGAACGAAACGUACAACUUUAUUGUCAAAGCCAAGUAAGAGUCCGAUUGAAAAUGAAAUCAGUGAGCAGGUGCUUUGGACGGAAAGAUUAAGGGGGUGUGAGAGCUAUGAGUCCACAGGACUGUGGGAGUACUAAAGUUAUUUGUUUUGAAGUUACACAGUUAGACUGGCUCAUAGUAUUGUCUCUCUUCCUUCACCCAAAUCCAAGACAAAAGCUGUAAGCUGUUCCAGUGACAAACAAAGAGGGUGAGAGAAGGAGAGGGAGUAAGGAGAGAUCUGAUUCAGAAUCAGUCUGGUUGCUAUGCAACUAUCAGGCAUGCUAACUUCAGUCAGAAAAGGGAAGUUUAUUGAGAUAAAAUUGAAAAGGUUAAUGUUGAGACAUAUGGAGCUCUCACAGACGAGUCCUGAGAGCCUGUAAAUCUUAAAAAUGCCAUAUUUUUAUUUACCAUAUUUCUAUUGUUUCACUGUCGUAACCGUGACAUACCGGAUCCACACAAUGGGAUGUACAAAGUUUCCUUUUUCUGUACAACAGGAAGAACAAUUCCAAGUGCCUGGUGCACUGUAAGAUGGGGGUGAGCCGGUCCGCCUCCACAGUUAUUGCCUAUGCAAUGAAGGAAUACGGCUGGUCCCUGGAGAAAGCCUACAACUUUGUGAAGCAGAAACGGAGCAUAGCUCAGCCCAACGCUGCCUUCAUGAAACAGCUGGCAGAAUACGAGGGGAUCCUGGAUGCAAGGUAAGCGGGAAUACAGUUUCACUCUGGUUUGCAAUUUGCAAAGCAACCUUAAGUCCUCUGGGUGUUUUUGUUAAUAGACACGAGGAAUUAUGCCAGGUUCUGAUCUGUAAUCCCUACAAAUGAAGAGGAAUUAACUAACAGUAGUAACACAUUACCGUAACUGGAUUACAUUUGGCUAUAAUUACCAACGUCUUUUGAGGCGUGGAGGUUUGCACUUACUUUAAAUUAGUUGCCAAAAAGGACAAGAAUGUUGUGGUAAAUUGUAAACUGUGCCCUGGUCAGAGACAGAUUAACACCACUGCGAACUUGGCAUCAAAUGUAAGAGUUUGAGAAGCUGUCAAGUUUUUACCAAGAUGGAGGUUGAGUCUUUGUAGUUUGUUGUAGCCUCAGGAAGUGUCUUCUUUGAUUGGAGUGGCCAAGCUAGCAUUGACUUUUGUAGGGAUGGCAUGAACUCCACUUUAGUCUACACAAUGUCUCCUCGAGUCCUCUGGGAUCUUGCCCCUGAUUAGUGUCUCAUAUAAAAAAAAAAAUAGAUCGUCUUAGGUACAUCCCUCUUAUAAUAAUGAUUUGUGCUGAUGAUGACAUUUGUAAGAUUUAAGUUGGUGGUGGUGUGUCUUAGGUGUAACUGACUGACUUUCUUUAUGAAAUUGUCCGUGCAUUAGAGAAAUCUCACCGUGACUGUCUUGCCUUGACAGUAAACAGCGCCACAACAAGCUGUGGAGGCCGGAUACAGAUGAGGAGGGGUCUGAUGAUUUACAAGCCUCUGGCCACAGCACUGGAGGAGAGGAGACACCUGUGCUCAGAGGGGAGGAGGCCUGGGGAGGCUGCGGGGCAUCACCCUGUAGGAUGGGUUUGGAGAUGGAGCCCCUUGACUCUCUGAACUACAACUAUUACUUCAGACGUCUGUCGGACUCUGCGCUGGACAGCGAGCCCUCCACUCCAGUGCGGGGCCCCCCUCUGCUGGGUAUGGAGAGAGUUUUCAUUGAGAUUGAAGACGUGGAGAGGGAUGCCCUGUUGGAGGACGAGGGUUUCCCCAUGGCUCAUUUAGCUCUGCCAGGUGAGGGUACGGCGGCUCAGACAUGUGGGCGACUUGAUCCCAUGGAGGAUAUGAGGCUGAGGCUGGAGUUCAGUACUUUGGAGGAAGAGGACGAAGAAGAGGCCAAGAAAGAGGAAGCUGAGAUGGCGGCGUUGGCUCAGACUCCUGGAAACUCCGAAGGAAAGGAGGCAGAGAGGACGGAGGAGAGUCGGAUUGGCCUAGCUAACCUGAACACCAACAACAGCAACCGCCUCGCAGCUAAACGCAGCUGCCCUGCAGCUUUUGAUGUAAGUUGAGAGAAAAUACUGAGUUUCCGAUUUUAAAAAGCUUUUCUCAAAAUGCUUUCAUGUCGGCAGCAUACUCAUGCAGUCACAACCAAGUCAUUUGAUUGGAUAAGAGUCAUGUUAUGAGUACCAAUAAAAGAUCUGACAGCAACAUUACUUUAAUUAUAUAUAUCUUCACCACAUUAUAAAUAAUAAUCACAGCUAAUGUCCUUUUUAUCAACCAAUCAAAUGUGCGAUAAAAGUAGAUGUCUUACUUCACCAGAUCUAGAAAUAUCUAGAUCUGCGUACAUAGUAUAAUGUAGCUGGUCUGACAAAAACACACAUUUACAAGUAGAAGAAGCCAACUGAUAAGUUCAAUCAACUUAAAGCACCUAUAGGGAGUUUUUGACUUCAGUUAAAUAGACUGAAAUUUAUACUGAUAUACAAAAGCAACAAGACCAUUAGCAACAAGAAUGACUAUAUUUAUACAGUAACUUUUAAUGCCUGAUGAAUACGCUGCUGUAUAGAAGUUUUAUAGAAAUUACGUAUUUUUCGCACUGUAAGGCGCAUUUAAAAUCCUUUUGGCCUGUCGGAGCACUGCAGCUACCGUAGCCUCGCGGAGUUAUUGAAUGAGUUAAAUAAAGUUUGACUUAUCUGACUGUUUUGUUUGGCUUAAUGCGCUUUGUAAUCGGGUGAACCUUAUAAUCCGGUGCGCCUUAUGUAUGAAAAUAGACACGAAUAAGACACGUUCAUCGCUGGUGCGCCUUUUAGUGCGAAAAAUGCGGUAGUAUCACACUGGAGGAAAUGUGGUCGUCCUGAACAACAAACAUGUAAUGAUUAUCAGCCAUGCUAAUGUUCAGUUUACUUUGAUUUGUGAUCUUGACACUGUGUUCUGAUGUUUUUUUGCCCCUCGUAGGAUAGUGCAAGCACAGGAAACCCUCUCAAAGUGAAGCCUUCCUAUCAGUCCUGCAAAGACUGCCUGCGUCUACCACAAGGACGGCGAUGUGACCGUCCAGCUGGAGGCCGUUCUCACCGCCUUAACCCCUCCCGCCACUGCACCGUACCCUCCAUAUGCAUAGAUCCGCCCGGGACAAACUUUGCCUCCACCCCAACCCUGCAAUCUCUGCAAAGUGCUUCUGUCAUCCCCCCAAACUUUGUCCAGCCUUGCAGUCAUGUGUACCGCUGUGCCACCUGCGUCCCAGGUGUCCCACUGACCAUCAGACAGAAGGUGGUCUCACCCAUGAGCUGUGAGGACAUGCCUUUUGAUCGCAGUUCCGCGGAGACGGAGGACAUGGAAGAGCCCCAGGCGCAGGAAGUGGGAGAGCAAAUGUCAAGGGAGGGGACAGCAGGUGGUGCUGUGGAGCUCCAGCUGCAAAUGCCAGGACUGGGGAUUGGAUUUGGUCUGGAACUGAUGCGGCAGAGGGCAGAGCAGCUAGAGAAGCUUCCAAAUUUGUCCAUGGAGGGGCAGCUCUAG